GCAUCCUCCGCAUCCACAUCCGCAUCCUUGUCCUCCCUCGGCCGCGUCCUGCAGCAGCUGCCCGUUGGAACCGCCUGACAAGGACCUCCAUCCACCAUGGUGAAGCUGGGCUGCAGCUUCUCCGGGAAGCCAAGCAAAGACCCAGGGGACCAGGAUGGGGCUGCUACAGACAGUGUGCCUCUGAUCAGCCCCUUGGACGUCAGCCAGCUUCAGCCACCAUUCUCUGACCAGGUGGUGAUCAAGACUCAGACAGAAUACCAGCUGUCCUCCCCAGACCAGCCGAAGAAGUUCCCUGACCUGGAGGGCCAGAAGGGCAGCUGCAGUCAUCCUGAGGAAGGGCGCAAGCUGCCCACAGCUCGGAUGAUCGCCUUUGCCAUGGCGCUCCUGGGCUGUGUCCUGAUCAUGUACAAAGCCAUCUGGUAUGACCAGUUCACCUGCCCAGAUGGCUUCCUGCUUAGGCACAAGAUCUGCACGCCGCUGACCCUGGAGAUGUACUACACUGAGAUGGACCCCGAGCGCCACCGGAGCAUCCUGGCGGCCAUCGGCGCCUACCCGCUCAGCAGAAAGCACGGCACCGAGAUGCCCGUGGCCUGGGGAGGGAACUACCACGCCGCUAAGGAGGGCCACAACCGGCCCACCCAGGCGGCGGCGGCCACCCACCCGCCCGGCAGUUCCUCAGUCCCAGGAGAGGAGGAAGAGGAGCAGAAGGCAGCCGGGAGCGCGCCACCCCCAGCCCCGCAGUGACCGCCUCCGUCUUCGCUGCCGCCCGG